GAGGGUGUGUGGCUGAGGCGUUUGUUUGGGGAGUUUGGCCAUGCUCAUGCUGGUGGUGUGCCUGUGUUUGUGGACAAUCAGUCUGCCAUUGCCCUUGCACAGAAUGCAUGCUUGCAUGGCCGCGCCAAACACAUGCAGGCUUGUCUGCUAACCUUCUCUCUGUGCGGCGGCUGCAGAAGAGUAAGGCCGAAGUGACCUUUGGACCAACCAGCUGCCGUGCUAAGCUUGGGAAGAAGGUGCUGUGGAGUCUGGAAGAGGAGACCAGCUGCAUCAAGGACCUGUGGCAGCUGCCCAUCAUCCCUUGGAAUGGGAAGACUCCAACAGCAGCAACGGCAGCAGUGGCAAAGGCAACAGCAGGAGGAGAUGCAACUGCACCAACUGAUGGGGUCCUGGAAGCAGUCAAGAAAGUGCAGAAGCAGCAGACACAUGAUUCUUGAACUUUGAUUGAACUCUUGAGAUUGAGUUAAGUUCUCCUCCUACAGCUUACCCCCUAGUGCGUCGAAAGCCAUAGCGUCGCGAAUACUUCAUCAAUCAACGUGAUUCAAAUUGGGAACGGUAGCUGAGAUCAAGAGCUACAACAUAUCCAAGUUUCGCGACAUUCCAACGGCUAGUGUUUUGUCGACGUCGUUUCUUGUGAAGACGACUUUUCUGUCCAGAAUUUCGGAUUUAUAUUUUGAGUAAUUCUAGCUCCUAAGUUCACCUAGACUCUGUCCUUAAUCCUAACACAAGAU